UUAAAAUUUUGAAGAUAAAAAAAAGAAUCGGUUAUACGAGCAAAGGCAAAGUGACGGUUUGUCUAGUGUACACGGUAAGUUCACGGAAAACAAAACCGUACAUUUCCGGUGAUGACGAGACCACAGCUGCGGAACCUUCUCUCCUCCACCGCCAUUCUCCGGCGAACCCUUUCUCCCAACCCUAAUCACCAAUUCGACUUCGCAGCCAAAUCUCCAUAUCGACCUUCAUUCUUAUCAUCCUCACCUCCCACUUUCUCGGAGAAUCACAGGCUCUUCCCUACUCCUGGACUCGAUUUUCUUGGGCGUAGAAUUUCUGGGAUUAAUUUUAUUUCUUCCCAAUCGACCUCGGAUGUCCUCGCUAAAUGUUGGAACUGUAAUGAGAAGGCUGAAGCGGCGCCGUUUCUUGUGUGUCAGUCUUGUCGGUGCAUUCAACCCAUGGAUCACUCGGUCGAUUACUUUCAAAUAUUUGGAUUGGAGAAAAAGUAUGAUAUUGAAGUUCACAAUUUGGAGAGGAAGUACAAAGACUGGCAAAAGCAAUUGCACCCUGAUUUAGUGCAUUCAAAAUCAGAGAAAGAAAGAGAAUAUGCUGCUGAACAGUCUGCUCGGGUGAUUGAUGCAUACCGCACUCUAAGCAAGCCUUUGUCAAGGGCAAUCUAUGUUCUAAAACUUGAAGGUCUAAAUGUUGAUGAAGAAGAAACUAUUUCAGAACCUGAUUUGCUUGCUGAGAUAAUGGAAAUCAGGGAAUCUGUCGAAGAGGCUGCUGACUCUCAGGCUUUAAAUAAAAUUCGAUCUGAGAUGCAAAAGGAACUAAAACACUUGUCCAGUUUGUUUACAAAUGCAUAUCAUGGUCGGAACUUUGGAGAAGCUGUGAACACUAUAAGGAGAAUGAGAUAUUAUGAGCGUGUUAUUGAAGAAAUUGUGAGAAAGCUUUAAAUUAAGACUCUUUACUGGCCUCGUGCUCAACACGUAAGCUUUGCUGUUUCUCAUGCUGCUACCAGUUUAUCACUUGGUAGAGUUCAAAUUAUUAUCCAUUUGAGGCUCCAAAAGAAAGAAAGAAAGAAGACGAAAUUUAGCCUAGCUGAUUUCUUGUUCAGUCUUACACUAUGUAAUUUAUGUUCCUCCUACAAAGACAGAGACGCAGGUUGAAAAAUUAUCAAUACCAUCACAUAACAUAUAUCAAGGCUUGUAAGAAUAAAAUUUGAUUGUUAAAUAGAUUAAAAAAACAAUUAUUUUAU